UUUCAUUAUCACUUGAAAAGUGUAUACUUAUAACACAAGGCUUGCUAUAAGCUAAUUACAAUGGCUAAAAAUGCUCAUGUCUACCAAGAUUUUGAACCAACAACAGAAUGGGUUCGAGAGGCAGAACAUGACACCCUCCUUGUUUAUCUACCAGGUUUCAAGAAGGAGCAACUAAAGGUUCAAGUAACAUCAAUUCCUAACCUAAGGAUCUCUGGUGAGCGCUCUCUUGGUGAUAGUAAAUGGAGUCGUUUUUCCAAGGAGCUUCGUAUUCCAUCAAAUUACGAUGCUAAUAAAAUCAGUGCAAGAUUUGAAGGCGGCAUACUCAAGAUCAAGCACCCCAAAAUCAUUAAACCAGCCACCAAACCACAAGAAAAUGCAAACCCAUCAUCAUCAGCAGACACUACAAACGAUAAACUACAAGCUCAACGGAGGGGGCGACAUCAGCCAGAUCAAGAAGCUCCUCCCAAGAUUAAGACUGAAACAAAUGAUGCAUCAGAUAGAAAUGCUGCUAAUCGUCAAGAGUUACCUGACAAGGAGAAGGAACAGAAAGAUGCCAAUGGAAAGAAUUCUGAUGCUAACAGCAUUCCAGGAAAGACUUCGGACAACGAGAAGAUUGAAGGAGUGGAUGAAUCAGGGAAAAUGACAAGCACAGGCAGUAAGCAAGGACUAGCCCAGGAAGCUAGUGCUAGUUGUGACUCUAGACUUGUUUACUGUAAGCAAGUGUUUGGUGGUUUGCUAACAGAGAUGAAGAAGGCAAGAAAAUCAACAAAAUUGGUUGUGGCAGCUGGUUUAUUAGUUCUGGUUCUUGGGUUGUAUGUUAACAGUGCUAUCAGGUCGGAAGAAUCAAAGAACUAGAGGAUAGUCCAAGAAAUAACUAGCUUUUGCAUUGUGUAUAAAUGCAUAAAAGUUCAUGCGAUGUCUGGAAAUAUGUAAAGUCGAAUAAAGCGUUUGAAGAAUUCUGCACA